AUGAAGCCAUCGACUGCCCCUUCAAUUUUCAAACGGGCCGCUCUCCCAUGGCUAAGGCCUGUAUAUACCACACCAGCCAUCCGACUUGGCAAUGGCUGCGGACCAUUGAGCUCGCGGGCACUCGGCCAACUCACCAUCCCCGCAGAAGCCUCCUCUCGCAGUCGUGUGCCGUUGCACUCUUCAGCUAAUUAUUUCCUCCAUCACACAUUCUUAAGUCGGAAUCUUGCUUCCUCAUCUACGGCAGUUUUGACAUUGAAAAAAACCCAGCUCCAUGACCUCCAUAUUGCUCACAAGGCACGGAUGUCACCCUUUGCAGGAUUCUCCAUGCCGCUGGUGUAUAGUGACUUGAGUCAUACUGAAAGCCACAACUGGACAAGAAACAAGGCUAGCUUGUUCGAUGUGAGCCAUAUGGUUCAACACCAUAUCUCCGGCCCUGGGGCUUUAGACCUUCUCCUGAAAGUUACACCAUCCUCUCUGAACCUGCUACAAAUCAAUCACUCCACGCUAUCAUGCUUCCUUGAUGAGGAAACUGGAGGUAUAAUUGAUGACACAGUCAUCACCCGCCUGGGCCCUGAAUCAUUCUAUUUCGUUACAAACGCUGGUCGCCGCAAGGAAGACCUGGAUUUUCUUCACAAGGAAAUUGAGAACUUCAAAUGGAGGCAUAACUCUUCCGCACACAAAUCCAUCAUCAGCUGGUCCGUCCUUGAUAACCAUGCUCUAGUCGCACUUCAAGGCCCCCUGAGCGCCUCCAUUCUCCAAUCACUCAUCACAUCUGAUGAAGCAGGAACCAACUCAGACCUCAGCACUCUUCACUUUUGUCAAUGCCGCUUCCUCCACCUCAAUUUCCCAGAUGGAACGCACACACCAUCCCACCUCCUCAUUUCCCGUACAGGCUACACAGGAGAAGAUGGCUUUGAGAUAUCUAUCCCCACAGAUAUAGACCCACAGCUCCCCAUGAAAGUCUCUCAACUUCUGCUCUCCAAUCCGAGUGUCCGCCUCGCCGGCCUUGCUGCUCGUGACUCCCUUCGCCUUGAGGCUGGCAUGUGCUUAUAUGGCCACGACAUAACUGUUGCGCAAACACCCCCCACUGCUUCCCUCAGCUGGCUCAUUGGCAAGGACAGACGUGACCCAUCAUCCUCUUCCUCAGCCUUCAAUGGCGCUUCAGUGAUUUUACCACAACUCACGUCGCCCACGAAGACACUUACAGAACGACGUAUUGGGCUGAUCAUUGAGACAGGGCCACCAGCACGUAAAGAUGCACCUAUUAUCGACAUGGCAGAUGGCUCAACACAGAUUGGUACGGUAACAUCUGGUUUGCCAAGCCCAACACUUGGUGGGGUAAAUGUUGCAAUGGGAUAUGUGAAGCAGGGGUUCCAUAAGAAGGGAACUGAGGUUGGUGUUCUUGUUAGAAAAAAGGUACACAAGGCGACUGUUGUUUCAACACCAUUUGUACCGACUAAGUUCUAUAAAGGGUAA